AACACAUUGUGCACGAAGCUUUUAUUUCAAAUCCUCUCAUAAAUAUUCCACCCUGCCCCAAAAGUACAAGUGAUCUGAGGACAGUAGAGCAACAGUGAGCCAAUGGAAACCCAAGUUCCACUAGUUGAAACACUAGUUACAAUUGCAACACAUCUCCGAAGGCGGAUUUACGGGAGCCGUUUGGCGAAGCAAAGCUAAAAACUAUGAAACCAGCCAGCGUCGCGCCGGAAACAUCAGGCGUCUGCGAAGAAAUCGCAUCCGGCAAUAAACUACAACGCGACUCAAGCCGUACCACUCGCAGUCGUUUCGGGGAUGCGUUCUUCGCGCGUCCGUUUCGCCGGUCCGCGCACUGAGGAAAGGAAUAGACUGCUUCGCAUUUGGAUACACACAUCGGUGGCAUAGGCAUUUUACAUCUACUUGCCGAUUGAAAUGGACAUGGGACGGGUUGGAUUUGGUCAGGAAACGGAGAUGCCCAUCAAGAGAAAUUCCUAAACUUGCCCCUUUUCUCUCUUUUGCAUGCUGACCGUCACGUUUCCAGGGAGAGUUUGUGUAACACAGGCAGAUCACGAACCACUUCACGGAUUAUUAUACAGCCGUGUUAAGGAGAAUCCAGCGUUUUCGAGGUUAUGGAUUGGUCAUGAUGUUUUCGAAUUUGCCACAUUUGAGCGGAUGACACCCCGAUCUGCAGCUGCACUACAGUGAACUGGGCCAUUCCUGCACAAGAAAAUGCAUAUCUGGAUACUGAAAAUAAUAUUGCUGCUUGCCACAUCUCUGAGUCUGGUGGAGAUGUAUGACAGUUAUGGGGAAAUCUGCAGGAAUCUGUGCACUUGCGAGGAGAAAGAAGGCAUUCUGACGGUCAGCUGUGAGAACAGAGGCAUUGUGCGGCUGUCGGAAAUAAACCCGGUGCAUUUCUCCACCUACCAUCUUUUGCUGACGGGCAAUUUGUUAAAACGAUUAUCUGUCGAUGACUUCAUCAACUACACUGGAGUUACUAUUUUGCAUUUAGGCAACAAUGACAUAUCCGAGGUGGAGACCGGCGCGUUUAACGGACUCCAGGGAUUAAAGAGAUUACAUUUGAACAAUAACAAAAUAGACAUGCUUCGGGACGACACUUUCGCCGGACUGGAGAGCCUAGAAUACCUUCAGAUUGAUUAUAAUUUCAUUAGCGCCAUCGAGCCCAGCGCUCUGAGCAGGCUUCAUCGCCUGACCGUGCUUAUUCUAAAUGACAAUUUGUUGUCUUCUCUGCCCACCAACAUUUUCCGGAACGUGCCCUUGACGCACCUGGAUCUCAGGGGGAACCGAUUAAAGAUGUUCCCUUACAUCGGUCUGCUGGAGCACAUGGACAAAGUGGUGGAAUUACAGCUGGAGGAAAACCCGUGGAACUGUUCGUGCGAGCUCAUAGCGCUCAAGGCCUGGCUGGAGAGCAUCGCCUACACGGCUCUGGUGGGGGAGGUGGUCUGCGAGACUCCUUUCAGGCUCCACGGCAGAGACCUCGAUGUGGUCUCCAAACAGGAACUGUGUCCCCGAAGGGCCAUAUCGGAGUACGAGAUGCGCCCACCGCCACCGCUCAGCACCAGCGGCUACUUUCAGACCACGCCGGCAGCCGUGACGGCAUCGGCCACGUCAUCGGCCGUCCUCCGCUCCUCGUCCAGGCCCACCAAGGGCACGCGGCAGUCCAGCAAAACUAAGUCCAAGCCCACAUCUCGAAUUCCAGCCAACCCCUACAACUACGGGCCCAUCAUCGCUUUUCAGACCAAAUCUCCUGUGCCUUUGGACUGCCCCACCACCUGCACAUGCAAUCUGCAAAUCUCCGACCUGGGGCUAAACGUCAACUGCCAGGAAAGGAAGAUCGAAAACAUAUCCGACCUAAAGCCCAAGCCAUACAAUCCCAAAAAGAUGUACCUCACGGGGAACUACAUCCCUGUGGUACGAAGAUCCGACUUCGUGGAGGCCGAAGGAUUGGAUUUACUGCACCUGGGAAACAAUCGAAUUGCGCUCAUACAUGACAGGGCCUUUGGGGAUCUAAUUAACCUACGUAGGCUGUACUUGAAUGGGAAUUUGAUCGACAGACUCACGGCAGAUAUGUUCUUUGGGCUGAAGAACCUGCAGUACUUGUAUUUAGAAUAUAAUAAGAUUAGAGAGAUUGUAGGCGGCACCUUUCGCUUCGUGCCCAACCUUCAGCUGCUUUUCUUGAACAACAAUCUUUUAAAAACAUUGCCAGGAGGCAUCUUUUCAAGUCUGUCUCUCUCCCGGCUCAACCUUCGCAGCAACCACUUUCAGCAUCUGCCUGUGAGUGGAGUUUUGGACCAGCUGAAGGCGCUGGUCCAGGUAGACCUGUUCGAGAACCCGUGGGAUUGCACGUGCGACGCCGUUGGCAUGAAGAUCUGGUUGGAGCAGCUGAACACCGGAACGGUGGUCAACGACGUCAACUGCGUGACGCCCAAGCGGCUCGGCGGACAGGACAUGCGGGCUGUGCCCUCGGAGCAGCUGUGCCCGGAUUACUCAGACGUCGUCGUGUCCACGGUGCUUCCAUCCGAGGAGCCUAUCGGCGACAGGAUCACCACCACAGACACACCGAUGAGGUUCAACACCACUUCCAGUCACGUUCCUUUAUCUGUUCUGAUUCUCAGUCUCCUCCUCGUUUUCAUAAUGUCAGUCUUCGUGGCGGCUGGCCUCUUCGUGGUGGUGAUGAAGAGGCGUAAGAAGUCUCAGAGCGACCGCACCAGCACCAAUAACUCGGACGUCAGCUCCUUCAACUUGCAGUACAAUCUCUAUAGCAAUCGCUCCGUCCCCAAGGUCAAAGCGCCGGCAGGCCACGUCUACGAGUACAUCCCUCACCCGUUAGGUCACAUGUGUAAAAACCCCAUCUACAGGUCCAGAGAGGGCAAUGCUGUUGAGGAUUACCCUGACCUGCACGAACUGAAGGUCACCUACAGGAGUAAUGCGGAUGAGGACCAGGAGGUGACCUUGCGGACCCCGGCUUACACCGUCAGCACCAUCGAGCCCCGUGAGCAGCCAUCUCCUGUUCAGGACGCGGAACAUUUCUUCAGAGGGAUUCUAGAGCCAGAUAAAUCUCCGUCCUCUGCCGGCGGCAGGUUUGAAUAUAAGUACACCGGGCCCGUCCCGUACACGUACCAACCAAACUUUGACGUCAGACGCCAGUUCUUACAUCCCGAGGGAAUACGAGACACUAUGCUUUACAGUACGCCGCCAAGUACUGUCUUUGUGGAGCCCAAUAGAAACGACUAUUUGGAACUAAAAGCAAAACUUCAAAUUGAGCCGGACUACCUCGAAGUUCUUGAGAAACAGACGACUCAGAGUCAGUUUUAAAUCUAUAGAUGCAGUUAAAGCAUCCCCCCCGUACUCACUCAAUCUGGAGGGUGCCUUGGCACAACAAACACUAACUUAACAAACAAAAAAAAUCCAAACCUUCAGUGGGGUGUGCCGAACUAUGUUCCUUUAAUUUCAGAGUCACAUGGCAUUCAUGAAAAUGAAAUAGAGCUCGCUGAACUCGGAUGCGAUUACAAACUGUCAACGCAAAAUCUAUUUUUUUAAGAUAAAGAUUGAACACACGUGAAUCUAAGUGUACAGGUUAAUCUCACCCAAAUACAUUUUCAGGAAUAUAAUCACACAGAUAUUGUGGGUUUGGUGAUGGGGAAAGGGGUUUACGUAACAGAAAAAAACAAACAAACACUAUACAGCAGUGCAUCCAACCGAGCGGGACAAUUUCUCUGCUUUAGUCUGUAAGUAAGUACUGUAUUUAUUGGUAUACUCUUUGCCAUGAAUUUUUUUCGAUGCUCAUCGAUAUUAUGUGUGUCACCAUGUCCCACGAUUCUCUGUACGAGCAUUUUGUUUGUGGUUUCCGAUCACUUACUGUAGCUUGCAUUGUACAAGUUGCUUUCUUUAAGCAGUGGCACACCCCAACGUGGAAGAAAGACUCUGCAUCAUCAACUGUUUCAAAGGAGAAGUGUCUUUGUAUGCUGUUCUGCACUUUUUCGGAAGAUGGAAGGCCAUCGGGUCUUCCCAGCUAACAUUAGAAGAAAUAUUAUAUAUUAAAAAUGAAUAUGAGCAUUCAUUCUUAAUAUGUAUUUUUAAUAUGUUAUAUCGAAAUUCAUAAAUAAUAAUUGAAGUAAUAAUUAUGUUGUGUAAUACUGAUAUUUUAAUGUAACACCUAUUUUUAUACAAGCAUUCGCGGAUCCUUUCCCCUUAUCGUUUUCAUCGUUUUGAUUGCUUUGCACUUAUUGCACUAUAUUGACCAAAAUAUGUUUAUGUCAUUAAUAAAUAUGAUGUCCGGUUCUUAUAAAACUUUGUCGGGAAUUCAAACAGGUUGUUUCUCGGCUGCCACCAGGUGAUGGUUGCAGGAUUGUUGAAGUUAAUUCAAUAGUUGUAAUUGAUUAACAGACCCAACAGUGAGUGAACCUCUCAAUUCUCAGACCUUGUCUCUGUGUGUGUGUGUGUGUUACACAGCGUACAUCAGGCUACACUAAAUAAGGUCAGCCCUUACUUAUUAAAAAAACAAAACAUGUAAUCAAUAAUGGCUAAUCUUACUUGGGCUUAUUAUAGUGAUAAGAUGUUACUCUAACAGGACAGAUGUGAUAAAGUUAUUUGUGUUCUAUAUGCAUUUGGAGGAUAUCCCUUUGGAAAAUUAAGCAUGGUUUUAUUUAAGAAAAACUGUUGCAUAGCUGUUUUCUACUCAUGAAUGUGUAAAAUAGUCAAAGAACGACAAAAUCGAGUCAAAAUUAAGAUAUGCGUUGAAACAACCCAGCACAGGUUCAUUUACAACCUAACAGUUUGUUCUGUCCAUAUUCUACACAACCAUAGGUUGAAAACAAUCCAACAUAAGUGUAACCAUGUUUUUGACAUAUUCAUUUC